AUGGAUAAAAGAAUUAUUGAAUGUUCAUCAAAAAAAGAAUUUGACCAACUUGGGAAAUAUCUUGAUGAGGUUGACAUUAAUGAGAUAUUGAACUUAGUAAACACUCUGCUAAAUGACGAGUCAAAGUUUUGCAAAAAUGAUGAAUAUGGAUGUUUAUCAAUUAUUGCUGCUAUUUUUAAAUCAUCAGUUAUUGAUGAUUAUUUAGAAAACUAUGAAUUACAAGAAUUGAGAAAUAAAAGACAUGCUAUAAUUAUCAAAGAAAUUAUUAAAUGGUUAUCAGGAAAAAAUGAUGAAAAUUCUCCAUUGUUAGAAAGUACAUUAAAUGAUUUGAUAUCACUUAGUUCGCUGGAUUCUCCAAUCACAGUACAAAUAUUUGUAGAGUGCAUCAAUUGUAUAAUUCAAGCUAUAGGGAGUUGUAGACCAUUAUACAAAAAAUUUUUUUCAUUUUUGCCAAAUUUGAUGUACAUUCUGGAACCUUGGACCGAAAUGUUGAUUCUUCCAUCUGGCGAAUCAAUGACAAUUCAGGAUUAUAAAUAUUAUCUAAUAAGUAAAAUGUGUUGUUCUAGAUGGAAUACAAAAAAUGUUCUAAGCCUAACUGGUGAAUUGAGGGAUAUUCAAAUACAAUUUGAUUCAACAGAAAUCAAUGAACUUCCACUAUUAAUUUUUCAAUUACUUUUACUAUCAAGAAAGGGACAUAAAAAUCUUGUAUUAAAAGGUAUAUCUGAAUACUUUAGUGCUUUAGAUGAGGAAAUUAAGGAGUCUCAUAAUCAAAAUGAUGAAAAACAAAAUAAUUCUAUGGAUUCCAUAUCAUAUACACAACUUAACAUUAUGGAAGGAACUAUUAUUAUUCAUAUCAAUUUUGCUAUAACACAAGACCAAAUAUCACUUAGUUCGCUGGAUUCUCCAAUCACAGUACAAAUAUUUGUAGAGUGCAUCAAUUGUAUAAUUCAAGCUAUAGGGAGUUGUAGACCAUUAUACAAAAAAUUUUUUUCAUUUUUGCCAAAUUUGAUGUACAUUCUGGAACCUUGGACCGAAAUGUUGAUUCUUCCAUCUGGCGAAUCAAUGACAAUUCAGGAUUAUAAAUAUUAUCUAAUAAGUAAAAUGUGUUGUUCUAGAUGGAAUACAAAAAAUGUUCUAAGCCUAACUGGUGAAUUGAGGGAUAUUCAAAUGUCAGAUAAUGAGUUGGAAUUGGUGAUCAACAAAAUUUUGAGACAAUUUGAUUCAACAGAAAUCAAUGAACUUCCACUAUUAAUUUUUCAAUUACUUUUACUAUCAAGAAAGGGACAUAAAAAUCUUGUAUUAAAAGGUAUAUCUGAAUACUUUAGUGCUUUAGAUGAGGAAAUUAAGGAGUCUCAUAAUCAAAAUGAUGAAAAACAAAAUAAUUCUAUGGAUUCCAUAUCAUAUACACAACUUAACAUUAUGGAAGGAACUAUUAUUAUUCAUAUCAAUUUUGCUAUAACACAAGACCAAGAAUUAGGAAAUGAAUUUCUUAGAUACAUGAAAUCUGGUAAAGCAUCACUUUUGACUCCAUUCAAUCUUUGCUGUUUAUUAUCAAUGGCAAGAAUCCAUAGAUUCCAGGAUUUAGUUUUCAAUUAUCUAAAGUCAUCUAUAAUGGCUGUUUAUAAAGACAAAGAAAAACUCGAAAGUGCAAAAUGGAUCUCAAAGUUAGAUAUAUCGCAAAUAGUUAGUUUAAUACCACUAGAUGAUCUUUUUAAAAAGGUAUUGAAAAAAACAUCCUUUGGUUACGAUAAUGUAAUUCAAAGUUUAGUACAGCUAGGAACUUUUAUCAUGGACUCUACUAUUUCAUCAGCUUCUUGUGUAAAGAUUACUGAGAAAAAAAUUGGAUCAAAAACACCAAAUGAAGCUGCUAGUGAUUUGGGUGUAAUCAUAUUAUUAGAAAUGUUCAAGAUGCAUGAGAUGGUUCGUGUUGAAAUUUUGGAUCAAAUACAGUCUCGUGUUGUAUCAAGGUCACCUAGUGUUGGUCAUUUUUUGACUUUAUUAGAAAUAAUUGUAAAAGAAAAACCUGAUUCUUUAAAUGAUUAUAUACAAAGAAUUAAAGGAACUCUUGAUCACUUUUCACUUCUUCCAUCUUAUAUUGCAGAUCAUCUUUUACGUGCAUUACAGCCAAUAAUUUAUAGAAACAUUUCAAUUCGUGAUGGACUUAUGUUGGUUUUGAGAAAAUGUGUAUUACGUAAAUGCUACAGUCAACAGUCUCAAAUUCGUCUUUCUUUAUAUGAAGGCUUGAGUAAAUUGAUGGAUGAUAUUCAAGAUCUUAAUCCCGUCAUAUUUGAUAUAUUAUAUUUUCAAUUUCAACGAUUUUUGGAAAUGCAAACGGAUGUUCAUUUUACAGUUAAUUUAGAAACUUGUAUUGAAACCAAUAAUGGUACACCAAGCAUUGUUGAGCCUUUACCACGUUUAUUUUCUUGCUUAAGCAAAUCAAUAACUAGUUAUAAAAAAAAACAAAAUUCUGGACAAGAUGAAUUUGAUGAAUCGCAACUUUCAGAAUGUGUAAAUAAGUUGGAUUUAUUGGCCGAAAAAUUUGCUUAUUCAGAAAUGAUUGAAUUUAGAAUUAACGAGGAUGCUGAUUAUAAAAUGGUAACUAAUGUGGGCAUCCAAAAUAACAUGUGUGCUUCUUUAUUACUUGGAUGUUAUGAGGCAUCAAUUGAAUAUAUUUUUUUUUCACGUGAAAAAAAUAAUGAUACUUCAAAUUUGAUAUUAAAAUUAUUUAAUAAAUAUUUGGAACUUUUUAUGAUCCUAAAAGAAAAAUCUGUAAAUGCUAGAGGUCGAAAAACUGUAGCCUCAGUCACGGAAUAUUCUAUUCUAAGUUUCAAAUGUAUUGUCGAACUCUUUCAACUCACAUUUAAUACUUUCGAUUGCCAAAUCUCUAAUAAUGCUGGAACAAUUUUAAGAUCAAAUUCAGAUUUUGUAAACUAUAUAACUGCUUUAGCACAUAAUAAAAUAUCUCAGAUUACAACAAAUUUUGAUCCAGGAGAUCAAUCAACAUUAAAAUAUUGCAUAUCAUUGGCUCAAGUGUUCAUGAAUGAAUUUAUUAAAAAAAACAAAGCAAACAUCAAUUGUUUACAAAUUGAUAAUAAAAAUCAAUCUAUACUUGCAACAGCAAUUGAAAGUUUUAUGUUAUUAUGUAAAGUAAUAUUGAAGUGUUGGCCGGAUAAACUGAUGGAUUUCUUGGAAAUGUCUUACCCAUCAGAUGAAAAAAAACUUAUAAUCACAUCAUUAAGUGAACAAAUACCACGAAUUAAAGAAGCAUCAGAAUUAUGCCAAAUAAUAACAUUAUUAUCAUCAUAUUUCACGUUUAACUCCAAUGAUAACCAAUCUAAAGGACACCAAGAAUUGAUCAUAUGGCUUAGAAUGUUAUGUAAAGAGCAUGCAAUUGAUAAUGUUGCUCUGACAAAAAUAAUUGUUAGUAUGUUGAUCAAACUGGAAAAAGAAAUGUCAGAUUUUGAUAUAGUGUCAGAGUUUGGACGUGAUAUAUUAUCUGUUCUGGGAGGUUGUGAUGUUUAUUCAGAGUCAGAUGAAUCACAAAUGCCGAAAUUUGCCAUUGUUAAUUCAAGAACCAGUAAUAUUGUUUGCGUUAUAUUACUUGAGUUUAUAGAGCAAACCUAUGAUGAAAUCGAAUGGCUAUUAAUCAGAAUGAAAUUAAUCAAUAGUAAAAAAGGAUAUAAUGAUGAUGAAGAACCAAUUGAUCUUAAAGAAUUUGAAAAUUCAAUUUGUAAAAAAUUGGUCAUCCUGAUUAAUACUUUGAUACAUCUUGAACAAACCUCACUUCAAUCAGCCCCAUCUGAAGCAUUAAUUAAAUGUUUACAAAAAACAUACAAAAAAAUUGCAGAAGCAGGAGAGAUAAGUAAACAAUUCAUUGAUGUUGUUGAAAAGACUGGUCUACAUUUAACAGAACAUUUGUAUAGUUUUAUUAUGUCGUUUGGGCAAACAAAUGAAGCAGUCGAUCGUCUAAAUAGAAAAGGAAGUUCAAAAUCCAAAUCAACAAGUCAAAAGGCUCGAAUUGCAAGAGAAUCUAAAAUGGUGCCUAAAUUGAUUUUCAUGAUAGAACAAUUUGAGCGUUAUUUAAUACAAUUGUCAAAAAAAUCAAAAGUAAUGAUGAAAACCAAAAAGAAUAAUCAAGACAAAAAUGAAGAUACCGUAAUGAAUGGUGGUGAAAACGGAGAGGUUGUAGAAAAUGCACAAAAUGGAGAGGCAGAAGAUGUGAAUAUGAGUGUUAUUCUUCACUGA